UUGUGGAGGACAGAGAGAGAGAGGCAGAGAUUUAGAAAAACGGGCGACUAGAGAGGAAGGCAAAAUAAAGUGGAGAGAGCGAAGAAUUAAUGAAAGAGGCAAAGUGAGGGGGGAUUUUAGGAGGUCUAUGGAUUCUGCUCUGGACUUUGGAUUUUAAGCCGGAUCGAACCUUGUGCUGAGCCUCAUUGGAGGGCGUCCUGCGGAUGCACUAGUGCGCGUGCGAGGGGUCUCUCUCUGCCCGCUGGGGAGGCGUGCCGCACAGACGGACCGCCGGCGUGCGCGUGUGUGUGUACGUGUCUCUGCGUGCCGUUUCCCCUUAUGUCCUUCUUUUGGUGGCUGUGUGUGCACCAGGGCCCAGUAUAUGGAUAGAAGCUCUCUGUUUCAGCUCAUACAAGAGCAGCUGGACCCAGAGCAGACUGGUUUUAUAACAGUGGAAAAUUUCACCAGUCUAGCUGAGCACCAUGAGUUACAGCUGGACCCCAGUAAACUGGAGAUGCUGCUGGCGCUGGUGCAGAGCAACGAACACGGACACGUCUGCUAUCAGGAGCUCAUAGAACUGCUGAACAGUAAACGUUCCAGUAGUUUUCGCCGAGCCAUUGCGAAUGGGCGUCGCACUCUGCAGCGAGAGAUCCUAUUGGAUGAGACGGGGCUGGGCGUGUACAAGCGCUUCGUGCGUUAUGUGGCCUACGAGAUUCUGCCAUGCGAGACGGACCGUCGCUGGUACUUCCACCAGAACAGACUCUGCCCUCCGCCUGUGUUCAUGGCCGUCAUCACCAUUGUACAGAUCAUGGUGUUCAUGUGCUACGGCGUGAUGCUCAAUAAAUGGGUGCUGCAAACCUACCAGCCGGACUUCAUGAAGAGUCCGCUGGUGUAUCAUCCCGGACACCGCGCUCAGAUCUGGAGGUUCUUCAGCUACAUGUUCAUGCAUGUCGGGUUAGAGCAGUUGGGUUUUAACGCUCUCCUCCAGCUGAUGAUUGGCGUUCCUCUGGAAAUGGUGCAUGGGAUCCUGAGGAUCAGCCUGCUGUACAUGGCAGGAGUCAUCGCUGGUUCACUGACGGUCUCCAUUACAGACAUGCGGGCUCCAGUGGUCGGUGGCUCCGGCGGGGUCUACGCUCUCUGCUCGGCACAUCUCGCCAACGUAGUCAUGAACUGGGCCGGAAUGAAGUGUCCAUACAAGUUGCUGCGGAUGAUUCUUGCACUUGUUUGCAUGAGUUCAGAAGUGGGCCGUGCCGUUUGGCUGCGCUUCUCCCCACCCCUGCCCUCCUCCGGUCCGCAGCCCAGUUUCAUGGCUCAUCUGUCGGGCGCAGUGGUGGGCAUCAGCAUGGGGCUGCUGAUCCUGCGCAGCUACGAGGAGUCUCUGCAUAAACAGUGCUCCUGGUGGGUGCUCAUCUUCUCCUUCGUCACCUUCCUCCUCUUCGCCAUCUUCUGGAACAUUUUCGCUUACGAGCUGCUCGGGGUACAGAUCCCGCCCCCUCCCUGAUGACACGCCCACGCGAGUGGAAAGCCACGCCCUCAAAAUCAGACCUCAGUCUGCUCCGCUCGACCAGCAGCGGAUGUAAAAAAACAGAUGUACAAACAGGAAGAGGUGUGAAAUGAAAAGAAACGCAUACUCACAUUCCAUACUGAAGAACAUAACCGGCGUGGUAUUUUUAAUGAACACUCGGAGGCAGCUCAAGGGUCCGGCGAGCUUAUUUGAACAGACCGUCAGUAGAUCUUACAACACAAACACACACACAUACACACACACACGCAUACAUAUCAGAUUUGUGUGAAUUAAGCCUGAGGCUCGUUCAUGAUGCCUUUCUGUAUUGUUUUGAUUUAACAGCCUCAUCUAAGCCUGUUAUGCGUUACAGAUAGCAUCCGUAGUAGAUGAAACGCCAUCACUUCAACCAGGAAUCUCGCUGACUCGAAAACAAAGCCUUACGAUUGAAGACACGGUCCUCUGUGAGGUAUGAGGUUGUAGCUAAUAUCACUCAACGCUGUUUGUUGAGGGAUCGGUGAACUUUUUUUUUUUUCAGUCUUAACAAGGUAAAACAUGUUUCAAAGUGAUGUUUCUUGCUUUAGUUAAGGAUUAGCUUGGUUCCAAAUCAUAGUGUGCUGUCUAUGUAGGCAGCAUGGGGUAGACGUGCAUUAUGUUGCCUUCCAAAAUAACUUAUUUUUGUUAAAUAUGCCCCAAAAUGUAUCGAAACAAGCUACAAUUAUAUUAUUUAAUCUUUAAAAUAUGUAUAGAAUUUGUACAUUUAUCGCAACAAGCUACAAAAAUAUAUAAUAAUUAUUAAUAAAACGUGUAUAUAAGUUGUACAUUUUAAAAAAAUCUCGCAAAGGCUGCAUUUAUUUGAUCAAAAACGCAGUAAGAACAAAAUAUUAUUACAACUAUUUUUUAACAUUUUUAAUUAUUUCUUCUAAUAUGCUAAUUAUAGGUGCUCAAGACACAUUUCUUAUUGUUAUCAACUUUUUUGACUAAUUAUUUGAAAGGAAUGUUUCGCAACGUUUUACUGUCAAGUUGUCACUUUUGAUCAAUUUAAUGCAUCAUUGCGGAAUAAAUGUAAUAAUAAAAAUGCUAUAUGUAAAAUACAUGUUUUUAGCGACACCGGUGGCCAAUUUUUGAAUUGCAGCAAAAAUCGACUUAUUUUUACUAGUCUUAAACGAAUCGUUUAGUUAUUUUUAGCACUCUUUUGGAGGAAUUACAUUUGUGUAUAGUCAAAAACUAUAGAGUACGCAAGACGUGUCACUCGUAUAGUUUUGAAUGGGGAAAAGUGUAACGGUAAAUAUAGCAAAUGAAGUCCCAUUUUCUAGUACAGGAGCCAAUUAUCGAUCGAUAUAUGGUGAAUAAAGGCCGCCUUCUGGUACAAGAGUCAAUCACCAAUCAAUAUAUGGUUAAUAAAGGCCGCCUUCUGGUACAAGAGUCAAUCAUCAAUCGAUAUAUGACGAAUAAAGCCCGCCUUCUAGUACAAGAGCCAAUCAUCGAUCGAGAUGUGGUGAAUAAAGCCCGCCUUCUAGUACAAGAGCCAAUCAUCGAUCGAUAUAUGGUGAAUAAAGUCCGCCUUCUAGUACAGGAGCCAAUCAUCGAUCGAUAUGUGGCGAACAAAGCCCGCCUUCUAGCACAGGAGCCAAUCAUCGAUCGAUAUAUGGUGAAUAAAACCUGGCUUCUAGUACAGGAGCCAAUCAGCAAUCGACAAUACUUUGAGGGAGGGGCCUCGAACCAGCUGUGAGUUUCUGCAAAUUUUGAGCAACUCAAACGUUUAGAAAUGAAACUCAAGACGCAGUUGAUAUUUAAUUUUAUUGGUGAUUCCUAAUAUGAAGUUUAAUCAAUAAGCAACUUUGGUGAGUUUGAUGUUUCCCCAUUCGGACAGAAUGCCCGAGCAUACUGCCCAAGAGGUGUUUCAAAGAUGGCCGCCGAGUGAAAUGACUUGCCUUAAAGGGACUUUAGUUAGUGUUCUAAAACAGCUUCCAUUCCAUGCACUUUUAGCAGGCAGCUGCCUAUGUAGGGAGCUCACUAGGUUUUGGAACAGAGUCAACAUUUGAAUACAUAAACACGAGACAGUAAGUUUGGAGUUUACAAGCCAAUACAUCUGUGCCGCACAGUCAUGAUUUCUGCAGUUAUUGCUGUGCCGUUUGCAGUUGUUAUGGAAACUGCCAUAACGUAAUUAAAGAUGAUUUCGGCAUGGAAACGAGUGUCACGACCACCUGUACAAAACUCCAGACACAGGGACGUUCUGUUUGCCUAACUGAUACUGAUGAUCGUGAUUGGAUUUAGCAUUUUCAGUAGACAUCAUAACACUUUGAUAAAGAAAACGUACAAAAUUCAGUAGUGCCAAGUUAUCAUUCGCUAAGCUGCUAAAAGAGGGAAAUAAUGAAAUCGCUAAGGGAAAGAUUUGUAUAAGAUUGCUGUGUUCUGACUUGAUUUCUUUUCAUUUUCGAAAAGCUCGACCAUGUGUCCAUUUAAUGUUGUGGAUUUUUAUGCCAUAGUCCUAUAUUUAUAUCUAUUCAGAGUGGCAAUUGUUGUUGGAUUAUUGUAAAGUGUGUAAAGAUCGUCUCGAACUGAGGGUGUGAUGAUGAUGAGGAGGUUUUACUCUGAAACAGAAAGUGCUGGAAGAUGAGAGGGAAAGAAGUUUAAUCAUACAAAAUGUUUAAUUAAUGGACUCUGCUGUGCCCAAAGGUCACAGUUAUGUAAUAACAUAUUAAAGAGACCGUUUUGCCAAAUAAAUGAACAUUUGCUGUUUGAUGUACUCAA